CUUUUCCAAUAACAUAUGAUUUACAACAACUAGUCACAAAAUGACAAAGUCUAUUCUUCUCUAUGCAACAAAUCCAACUACAGCACGCUAUUAUCCUUUGAAUUUUCAUUCAGUGGACUUUUAUCAUCUUUGGUUUUCUCACCCUUUUCUAGAAGCAAACUGGUCUUUUGGUUUAUUUUCUGGCUUAAAUUUCUACCAAAGGAGAAACGAUGUCAAGGAGAGCGACAUAUUGGUGUCAUACAUGCCAGCAAGCAAUCUUGCUUGCAGGGAGGGAUGUCCUUUGCCCUUACUGCGACGGAGGAUUUGUGCAAGAAAUUAACGAGAUGCGAGGACUUGUAUCCUCGUCACAGUGGGAAGAGUUUCAAGAUAAUCCUGAUAUUUUGGAUGCUAUACAUGCUGUUGUAAGUCAAAGAGGUUCUUUACCAAGAAUUGGAUUUAGAGAUGCUGUUGAUAUUUACAUGAGGCAGAGAUUGGGUGGAAGAAACACAAACUUUGAUGAUAGAAGAAGAUCUGUUCCUGAACAUACUUGGGAUGUUUUAACUUCAUCCGGUCGUUAUUUACUAUUUCAUGAUCAAGCACCUAACUCAAGAGGCGAUCCUAGACAUGUUGAUUUUGGUGGCUACUUUAUGGAUCCUGGACUAGAUGAACUUAUGGAACAAAUCAAUACAACCGGGCGUGGUGGUCCAGCCCCCGCCUCACGUUCUUCGAUUGAAGCAAUGCCUACCAUUAAGAUAACUCAAGCUCAUCUACACUCUGAUUCACAUUGUUCAGUUUGUUUAGAAAGGUUUGAACUCGGGUCUAAGGCAAGGGAAAUGCCAUGUAAACAUAUUUACCACUCGGAUUGCAUUGUUCCGUGGUUAAUUCAGCAUAAUUCGUGUCCUGUUUGCCGUGAUGAGCUGCCACCUCAUGGACGUCCUAGUCGAAAUUGGGGAAGUAGCACUGGUCGUGGGAGGAGAAAUCCACUUUCGUUUUUGUGGCCAUUUCGUUCUUCCAGGUCAAAUCCUAGUCAUUGAGCUGAGACUCUUCUUGAUAAGAAUAAUGGAACUAGUUAUAGUAGUGGAUGAACUUCUGAUAAACAAGGUUCAUUUCUUCUAAUUUUUGCUGUCAAACAAUGCUUAUAAUUUAAAUGGUGUGGAUAAUGUUUCUUAGCAUUUUACUUUGAAAUAUUCUUUUUGUAUACAUGAUAAAAUUUGUAAAAGUGUUUGUAAAUGUAAUUUUUUAAGCAAUUUUCAACUUUCAGUUAGUAUCGUAGAAGCUUAAUUUCACCAGGGUGCACUUGUGAUCUGUGUGCUUCUGGACAGCAAUCAUGAAAAGUUAUUGGUUAUGAGACCUUUAUUAGAUUUUGCCUUUAUGUUGAGGAGCCUUCCAAUAUUUUAUGAAUAUAGAGGCUAUUAGUUUAGGUUCCAAAAUAGAUCAUAGAUUAAGGAAACUUUAUAAUGUCUUGGAUUUUUCACUCUCGUGAUUUUUUUUUAAAUAGUAAUUUUAAUAGUAAAUUGAUAGUGGUUAAUCGUUGGGUAUAUAUUUAAGAAAGAAAUAUGGAGUGCCACACUCUUUC